UUCUCCCUUACUCCAAUUUAUAGAGUCACUUAAUAAAACAACACGGCUCUUUUUAUCAGCUCGCAAUUUUAUGAAAUCGAAUAUUAUACGGUAAAAGACGCGGUUGAGUGCGCGGUUUUCAUUUGUACAAAUUCUCUACAAGUCAUUUUAUCAACGAUAAAUUAUUUUUAAAUACACACGUCUUUUUUGCACACGAAAAUUUUAAAUGUACGCUGCGCGUUCAUUUUCUUAGUAAAAAAUGCUAUACCGUGAUUGACUGAAAAAGCUAAUCUAACUAUCAAAAAAUGGGGUCAAGGGCAAACAUUCGCUAUGUCAAACAUCCGAACUUUUACAUUAAUUAAGUAAUAAUUUGUCGUUAAAAUUUCAAAAACAAGUUGGUCUGUCAUCAGUUAUCCAAUUUAGUCCAACUUUGUCGAAUCUCUGUUUAAGGUCGCCGGUCGGUUUAAGACCGCUAUCUUACAGAUUGAUAUGAGUUUGAUUUCAACCUAACCUUGGUUGAGCAGUGUUUUCUAAGGUACCUUGAGGCUUCAAAAAAAAGAAAAGGUCUUCAAAAGAAAAGUUUUAAUCUAAGGAAUUACACGAACUUGUUCAGCCGAAAAAAGAUAGCAUGAAAAACACAAAUUGAAGUUAUGAUAGAAAACUAUUCUGUAAAUCUAUGGCAUCCUCAGUUUUGGCUAAACUUUCGACGCAUUUGAGCAAAGCACCCUCCACAAAAUCGACCAAAUUAACUAAAUUUUGUCCCAAAACUAUAAUUCAAAAAUUACAGUCUAGAAAAAUACUACUUUUUAUUCAAAAUUUGGCUGAGUGAAAAACAAAUUGAACGAUUUCAAGUUUGCAAAAAUUGCUAUUUUUAUUAAAAUCAAUUGUGUUCAAAAGUAUUCAAUAUUUUUGUAAUAACACUGAUACGCAAUAAAAGUUUUUUUUUGAGGCAAAUAAUAGUUUUUUUGAGGCAAGUAGGAAAAAGUUCAUUUCGUUUCAAAAGCUUUGUGAAACUACUCGUUUCUUAGUUUGGCACAGUUUGGCCUCGUAAUGUGGUUGGCUCAAAAAUAAAAGUUUGUUCCGUCAACUAAAACAACUUUAUCACCUCUAUACCGUGUGGGGGCUCUCGAUCAUUGACUCGUUCCAAGUUUCUUAAGGUGUUAUAUUUUAUGCCAAGAACAAAUUGGUGUUGCAUUGCCUUAAAAAUUGAUAGUAACGCAAAUUUCGUGAAUAGAAACUGAUAACUUUUGUUUUCUAUUUUGACAAUAACCGAUAUCUAUGCCAAGAAGGAAAAAAAACAUAGACAAAACGAUAACACUGAUUUGCAAAACUGUAUGAAUCUUGCAUUUUUAAGUGUAUAGAAUUUUAUGGCAAGCAUUAUAGUUCUAUGGAGGUCAACCCGUGUAGUAAGACUCAGCUUUGCGUUGCACAGUCUUAGAAUUUCAUCAAUGAGCUUAUUUUUUGUUGACAGUUUUACAAUAUAGACUACUUAUCACUCAUUGCGGUCUUCUCUACAUACCAAAUUAUACUUCAAAUUGACAAAAUUUACUCAAUAAUUUACACCUAUUGAUUAUUUGAAAUAUUCCUGCUUUCGAAAUAUUCUUUCGAAAUAUUCCUGCUCGUUGAUUUUGUUAGUGUGGGAACCUCAAUACAAUAUGCAAUAUUAUGUCGUCGGGAGUUACAGCAACGACGAUUCCUGCAAUAUAUGGCGAGCAGCAUCGGCACCAAAAUGGAUCCGACGCAGCAGCAGAUGGUCCGAUAGAGGGUACGAAGAGAGACAAUGAGAGAAAGUGCGAGAGAAGAUCGGAGGGAAAGGGGAGAAGAAUGAUGUGCUUGACGUCUUUGGUCGUGCUCUACCUGGCCGAGGGGAUCAAUGUGUCGGCCACCGGACCAUUCUUCCCCAUCGAGGCAAUGGAAAAGGGAGUGUCCCAGUCGAUGGUGGGAGUGAUCUCUGCCAUCACCAUGUUCGCCAUGUGGCUCACUUCAAUCACUCUCCUCUUCCUCGCAUCUGAUCGGAACAAGAGGCCACUCUUCUACUUUGGACUGUUCACUUCAGCUGCCACGUGUAUUCUCUUUGGAGAGUUGCAGCGUAUCUCCGACACACACCUCUUCAUCGCUUCCUGUCUCGCCACUCGAUUCCUCAUGGGUGUGGGCUGUGCCUGCAUUUGGGCCACAGGCGCACCCAUCCUCAUCCCAUUAUUCCCAGGAAAAGCUGGCAAAAUAUUUGGUUUGCUCGAGUUCUGCGCGGGGUUUGGCCAAAUGGCCGGUCCUCCUUUCGGAAGUCUUCUGUUCUCGAUCGGCGGCUACAGUCUUCCGUUCUGAGUAGCCGGAUUGAUCGAAAUCGUAGCCGGUUUAUUCUGCGUCGUAUGCUUGUCUCUUCUAGACAAGAAGCAACAGAAGAUAGAAAAGAAAUCCCAAGUACAUCAGUCGUCUUCGAAACUAGAAGCUUCCUCUUCGGUGAUCCAUGGAAGUACGCGGUCUCUCCAGACACCGAAGGAGGAGCAAAACAAGGUGUCCAGGACAGCUCUCAAGUUCAUUUUUCACCCGGGAAUAAUUCUGGUGUCUCUACCUGUGCUGACAAUCAUGUGUGAGGUCGGGUUCUUUCAAGUGGCUCUUGCACCCUACUUGCUGCAAACUUUUGCAAUCGACGGCACUUCGUCUGGAAACAUUUUCCUCAUCCACGCCGCAACUUCUGCAGUCACAUGUGCUCUGUUCGGAGUUCUCGUCGACAAAGGAUUCGCUAGUGUCUCGUUUAUUGUGUGCACUUGUUUGACUGCAUUUAGUUAUUUUCUUUUAGGUCUUCCUCUCUUAAUUACCAACUCACACCAUUCGCAAGAAAUCACUGCUAAACUGCUCCUCUAUGGUGGCCUGGCACUGCUGGGCCUAACUGCCAACGGAGGCUUCGUGCCCGUAUAUUUCCUUUUUGAAAGAAUAGCCCAACUGGCCAAAAUUGACUGUCAGUCGAAGAUCCGCAUCUACGUUUGCACCUGGCUGAACUCUUGCUACGCAGUGGGCAGUAUUUUGGGUCAAAUUGUAGUCGGUGGAUUUUUCUUUGAAGCUUUCGAAUUCUACAGAAGCUGUCUGUUACUGUCUGUUUUGGCUUCUGCAUCCUUUGUUGCUGGACUCUGUUACUUGAUGCAUUCCGGAUUGUUGAAGAGGGCUUAUGACAAUGAGGAUGUAAAUGAAACGAAGACAGAGGAAACAGGACAGAUCAAAGUGACUAACUUACCAACUGAAAUUGAUGCCUAACAAAGUUUUAGAAGAUACAGUUAAUUUUUUUGUUUUUUAAAGCCAAUUUUCAGAGCCUGUUUUGGGGCGAUAAUCAAAAUGCAAUAUGACUUUAAAACUGUA